AUGGCCGCCGACUACAGGAUAAGUAGACUGAGCUGGGCAGUAUUGCUAUUUGGCCUGCAGCUCGUGCAGGCAUUCUACAUUCCCGGCUUCUCGAUAAAGUCGUACGCAGAGGGCGAGACAAUACCACUGUUUGUCAACAAGGCGUACAGCGACAACACGCCCAUUCAAUAUGCAUACUCCGAGCUACCUUUCGUAUGUCCAUCCUCUGGCAGACAUCACCCGGGAACUGGUCUCAUUUCUGGCUCAAGCGUGGCCUUGAACCUCGGUGAAGUUCUUCGAGGUGACAGAAUCACGGUUUCGGACUACGAGCUGGUCAUGGGUAAAGACGAAGAGGCGAGAUACCUUUGCAGCAAGACGAUCGACAAAGCAGGCUUAAAGAACGCGAUUGAAGUCGUCAAGAAAGGAUAUGUUGCUGAGUGGAUUGUGGACAACCUCCCUGGUGCGACCAGCUUCGUGACUGUUGACAAGAGCAGAAAGUACUAUGCUUCUGGAUUCAAGAUGGGCUACGAGGAGGUCUCGCUCAUGACCGGGCAACCGCGCUACUUUCUAAACAACCACGUCACUCUGGUUAUUCGACACCGCAACGCGCCAGGCAGGGACGGACAAGCUGGAAAGAAGGUCAUCGUCGGGUUCGAGGUGUAUGCGAAGUCAAUUGAGGCCGAGAAUCGUGAUGCGACUGGGCUGCCACCAUCCCUGCACGACGUACAUAAUGGCCUGGAACUUGCUGUCAACCAAACCACCAUCAAUGUGACGUCAAUCGAGCAUAUGGAGGCUGCUACCUUGUGGGACAACAUCGAGAACGCACCCGAUGACCUCAACUUCACUAUUCCAUAUACCUACAGCGUGUACUUCCGCGAGGAGGACAAGCUUGAUUGGGGCAAUCGGUGGGAUCUUUACUUUGUCGACCAGGAAGAAGGCAACAAUGUUCACUGGCUGGCCAUUGCAAAUUCUCUCAUCAUUUCUGGAAUUCUAUCGUCUGUCGUGGCCUUCAUCCUUGCCCGCACGAUUCGUGGCGAUAUCAAGGGCUACCGAGAUGGCAUUUUGGAAGAUGGCAAGCUGCGAGCAGGCAAGCGUAGCAAAGGUAGUCGGUCUCCGCGAAAGAGGAGUUCUGAGGGCGGUGGUUUGCUCGAGAAGGUUGAUGCUGUUCCGCAGGACGAUGAGGUCAGCUCCGACGAUGAAAUCCCUGAAGACAUUACCGGCUGGAAACUGGUCCAUGGCGAUGUGUUCCGCCAACCAGCAUUUGGCUUCCUCCUUGCACCGCUGAUCGGUUCUGGCACGCAAUUGGUCUUCAUGUCCACUGGCCUUCUCGCGUUGUCCUGCUUCGGCUUCCUCAACCCAUCUUUCCGUGGCGGCUUCAUCUCUACUGGCUUUGCCUUGUUCUUCGUGGCUGGCGCAUUCUCUGGCUACUUCUCUGCCAGAGUCUACAAGACCUUCGGCGGCACCAAUUUCAGGACGAACGCCAUUGUGACAGCAACACUAGUGCCCGGCCUUCUGUUCGCCACAACUUUCAUCCUCAACCUCUUUGUCUGGGCCCAGUCAUCUUCGACUGCAAUCCCGCUCGGCACGCUCUUCGGACUGGUCGCACUAUGGCUCUUCAUUCAACUCCCUCUCGUGUAUGUCGGCAGCUGGUAUGGCUUCGUCCGAGCAGGUGCAUAUUCUCAUCCUAUCAAAGCGACCACAGUGCCUCGCCAAAUACCGCAACAGCUGUGGUACAGCCGAUCCAUCCAAACAAUUCUUCUGGCCGGCCUGGUCCCUUUUGCUGUCAUCUUUAUCGAGCUCAUGUUCGUCUUCCGCAGUCUCUGGCAAGAUAAGAGCGGCUACUACUACGUCUUCGGCUUCAUGGCCGUGGUGUCGACUAUUCUCAUUCUGGCGGUGAUGGAGACCACCAUCAUUGCUGUGUACAUUCAGCUCUGUUCAGAAAACUACCACUGGUGGUGGCAAUCCUUCUUCGUCGGCGGCUCAUCAUCCGUCUGGAUCUUCCUAUACUGCAUAUAUUACUACGCCAACCACCUACACAUCACCGGCUUCACCAGCUCCAUGCUGUUCUUCGCCUACAGCUUCCUGGCAUGUCUGGUCUACGGUCUGCUCACUGGCACAAUCGGCUUCCUGACAGCAUACGCCUUUGUGCGCAGAAUAUACGGCGCUAUCAAGGUCGACUGA